AUGUUUGCUGCCUGGUCAUUAAUCGCUGAAAAUUUUGUAACAACAAUUGACGAUAGUGAUUAUGAAUAUUUGGAUAAUGAUUUUGACAAGAAUCAAAAACCGGCUGAUGUCUUUUGGGGUGAUGUUUUGGAGGAUGAACAAACGGAAGAGCAGAAUGAUUCAUCCGGUGAAAAGAGCAUCAUAAAACAACGAAAAUGUAGUACCGAAACGACUAUCAUGGAUAAAUUAUUGAAUGGUACCGGCUAUAGCAAAUAUCGUCUUCCCUCAAUUAUUCUCGAUAAGUGA